AUGGUAGGUUUGAACAGUUUGAGAAGUGGAUUAGAUUUCAACAAGAAUCAGUUUAAGAAUAAUUAUUUAGAAACAAGAUGUAGCACUUCAGUAAAUUUUGUUAUAUCAAAUAUGAAUAAUGUGAUACAUUAAUUAUAUGAAAUAGUCAAAUUCUCUUAUCUCAAUGGAGUAGGUAUACUAAUUGUAUGUAAUUCGAUGGACGUGAUAUACCUAUUUGUAAAAAUUUUUAUGGAGGUUUGUACGUCUCGUUUCCAUCUACAUGACGAUAAAUCGUUACACGUUCAUCGUUACGCGAUUGGUCGAAACGGUCCGACGUGAAUAUCAGCGGGUGGUAAAUACGCGCGGGGUUCACAAUAAAAGAUGCACAACGUUUUUUCAAGGGUGUCAAGGAUCCGUAAGAGUCAAUUCGGCGUGCGUCGUAGAACAAUGUAAAGUGUUUGCUCGCUGGAGAAUUUCAUAGGUAUUGUGCGUAUUAAUGCGCGCUUUUUCUUUUCGUUUCUUUUCUUUCUUUCUUCCUUUUUUUUUUCUUUUUUGUUUUUCUUUCUUUUUUUUCUUUUUUUUUUUGUUUCGCAAGCGAACGAUACGCCCUGUUUUGUUCCAGGCACAAAGAGGUCGAGAAUCUCUGAGAGCACUACGGGAACAAUGCUUUCCACGAGCGACACCGGUAACGAAGACGACCGUGACUCCGACUCUGGUGGAGAACUUCUUGCUGACCGUUCGCUGGAACUUCCUUGCAACAGCAGUGCCAACGUCGGUUGGAAUGGCCGAGAACGAUACAGCGCGGAAACGGUCGAACAGCCUGAACGACUCGGAGGAUGGAAGUCCGGAACCGGGUUCCCAAAGUCCGACGCAUACACCUCCAUUGACACCAGCGCUGACGCCGCAAAGGGAGGACACGCCGGCGCCAGAGAAUCUCAGCCUCCGCAAAAGCGGAAGCCCUCUGCAAACGCAGCAGACCCUUCAGCCAGUGGACCUGGUACAGCCUAGACCUAGCCCACCGUUACCUUCGUUGGCUGCUGCAGCGACGGCAGUACACUUUCCACCUUACGCCCCUCUCUAUGGUCCAGCAGCGAGUUCCCUUUACUGUUCUCCAGCGUUGUACCAGCAUCAGCACCACCAUCACAUGCCAGAGCCACGUGAGAUUCAAAUGCAGAUGCAGAUGCAAAGUAUCCAACAGACCUGCGGCCUCCAGUUGCAGCAGCAGCAACAGCAACAGCAACAACAGCAACAACAACAACAGCGAUCGCCCGUCGACGUUCUGCUACGAGUGUUCCCCGGAAGGCGUCGCGCGGACGUCGAGGCUCUGUUGCACCGGUGCAAAGAGAGAAAAGACUGGGGAACAAAAACUGGCAGGGGUGUCUGUGUCACAGGCGACGUGGUGUCGGCGAUGGAGGUGUUGGUAUGCGAGGACAAUCUCCAGCCGAAGUCUGCGUUCUCGCCGCUGGCGGGCGCGUUAGCGUCAGCUGCAGCCGCGUCUGCCUCGGUCUCAGCCGCGUACGCGAGCCGAGCCGCUUACUGCACCACUCCCAUACCAUCGACCAGGCACAGGUUCCUGGCAGCGCCGUACGCGGGUACCGGUUACCUGCCCACGGUGAUCAAGCCGCCCAAUCAGAGCCUGCACGCGAAUGGGACAGGCGACGCCUAUCGGGAGACUAGUCCCGACGACGCGAGCGACAAGACGAGCUAUUCCGAGUGA